AUGAUUUGGGCGAUGGCAGAGCUCGUUAGAAACCCUAGAGUGAUGAAGAAAGUCCAAGACGAGAUACAAACUUGCAUUGGAAUCAAACAAAAGGAGAGAAUCGUGGAAGAAGAUCUUGAUAAGCUUCACUACGUGAAGCUUGUGGUGAAAGAAACCUUAAGGCUACACCCAGCUGCUCCUCUGUUACUCCCAAGAGAGACAAUGAGUCAAAUCAAGAUUCAAGGCUACGACAUUCCACCAAAAACGCUUUUAAUGGUUAACGCUUGGUCGAUAGGGCGGGAUCCUAAACACUGGAAAGAUCCAGAAGAGUUUAUCCCAGAGAGGUUUAUGGAUGGUCUUGUGGACUACAAAGGAAAUAGCUUUGAGAUGUUACCAUUUGGUUCUGGAAGGAGGAUGUGCCCAGGAAUGGCUUCAGGGAUUGCGACCAUUGAAUUGGGACUCUUGAACUUGCUUUACUACUUCGACUGGAAAUUGCCUGAGGAGAUGAAAGAUAUGGAUAUGGAAGAAGCUGGUGAUAUUACUGUCGUUAAGAAAGUUCCUCUUGAGCUUCUUCCCAUUCUUCGCAUGUGA